AUGGCGAACAACGAGGAAUAUGAUUCCUGGUUCGACGAUCAGGUGCUAAAGGGCGCAGAGGAAGCUGCCGCGCGAAGUGGCGGCCCUGCUUCAUCGAAGGAGACGAAGGACUCCACGAAGGUGAUGUUCAAGCACGCUGAUGGCUCCAUGAUGGAUGUGGAUUCGUUAAAUAUGCCUCCAAGCUUGAAGAGCUUGCUGAAGGUGGUCGACGCAGAUGACGAUGGAAUCCUGGAUGAAGUCAACGUCAGAGAUGCCUUGAAGAUGAUCUCAAGCAUCAAGGACCUGUUCGGCUCCAAGGGCCAUUUGUCGCAUUCCGAAGUCGAGAAUGGCCUCGCCCUGCUGAAACGCCUCGUCAAGGAGAAAGAGAUGAAUUCCUCGGAGGUCAGCUACAUGCACAUGCCGGAGCGCGUCCAGGACGUGAUGAAGGAAUGGGAUCUGGACCGCAGUGGCAGCGUGAGCGUGGUUGAGUUGUCCGCCGCAGCACACGCGCACAAGAAGGUAAAGCAAGAAGGCCGCACGAUGCGAAGGAUCAUCGUCGGCCUUUCGAUGGUAAUUAUCCUCCUCCUCACGGGCACCUUCAUCCUGUCUUACAUGGCAGUGGACUUGGCCAAGGAGAUGCGCGGGGAUUCUUCCGGCACCAUGAAGAAUGGCAAUGGUGAGGUCGUAAAGGUGGACAGUGCUUCAUUUGAGGUCCAGAGCGAUGGAACCGUCACAACUCGCAACGGUACCUGCCCGGCAAACACCACCUGCCGACCACCGGUGCUGCAGAUGGCGGCCUCGAAGCCCGGGAAAGCGUUGGCUUCGACGCUCCCGGAUGAUGUGUUUAAGAAUCUCGAAGAGGUGACGCUCAAGGGCGACAAUGGGAAGUUCAUAAAGCUCAAGAUCGAAGGUGUGAAGCGAGUGCAGACACGCUCCAGCAAGUGCGGGUCGAUUGUCAAACUCACCACGCAGGCAGGAACUCUGACGAUUGAUGACACCUCGCUGUCUGCCGAUGACCAGCUGGCAGCAGCAUUAGAGGAGGCGCAAAUGCCGAGCAUUUCUGGUGAGCUGGGCCUCUUCGGACGACGCCUUUCCGCAAGCUUUCUCGAGGGCUUCUUUACCAUGCUGGAAGAUAUGGAGUGGGAGUGCACCAGUGUCCCGCUGCCCAGUCCCAAGGACCUGCCCUCGAACUACUUAGCGAAGAUGCAGGUGACCGAGCUCAUCACUGGGCCACCGGACGACAUGGGGAACAACAUCUGGAGCCAGUGGGAGUUUACGGGACAGAAAACCUUUAAGAGGCUCAGGCCUGGCGUUUUCAUAGACGCUGGUGGAGCUUACAAGACAUGGACAGAAGAGGUGCUUGUCUUUCCCAACCUCCGCGUCGCCGCAAAGGAGUUCCCGUUGUACCCCAUGCAGAGGAAACUGGAUAUCACCAAGGGAGAAGCCCGGGCCAGCAUCGAUCAGACGGGUGAGACAGGGUACCACUGCAUGUUGGAGGCGACCCCGGUCACCAUGUCUUUGGGAAAGCUGGUCACCCAAGCCUCCAACCUUCGGCUGGUCGGCUUGACACAGGAGGCGGGGCUGAUGCUCCGGCAGUGGCGUAUGGACGUAGGUACCGACACGAUGGCGGACGAGUUCAGCAAGAUCAUGAUCAGCGAGUAUGGCUUCCUCGGGAACGUGACGUUGGACUACUACGACGUGGAUACAGAUCCGACUGGCAAGUUCCAACCUGGGCAGCCUUUCCGCAUACAAGCAUUCUCUACACCAGCUUAUUCCGGGGCCUUUAACAUCACCGCGCAGUACACAGAGAUUACACCGGUGGACGAGAUGGAUGUGGUGGGCGCAUUGAACUACUUCAACGUGAAGAAACUCUCUGCACCUUGUGAGAUUGGUCCGAUGCGAGCACUUGCUGCCAGCAACGCCAGCGCCGACCAAUCCCUUUUACAGGCCAUUGAACAGCUUGACGUUGUGGCAUCUCCUAAGGUACCGCAUAUUGAUCCCUGGGGGCCGGAGGGUUAUGACUUGCUCAAGUGGACCUCCGACGAGAUCGCUGCAGCUAUGAGCACAGGCACCAUGAAGCGCGACCUCACGGGAUACUGGAGGGAGGUUGGCCAUGAAAAGAGAUCUAUCUGA